AUGAAAUGCUGUCACCAUCUCUUAUAUAAGUGCUCUCUGAAGUCGUUUACUGACACAAAUUAGUUUUAAGAUUCUGAAUGACUGGUUUUGUUUAGGCUAAUUGUCCUAGACAGCCUGUUCCACCUAGGUCCGUUGUACGCAUCUGUGGCAAUGAACUACCCCAAAUUACCUUAUGUUAUUGCUCUCUCUGUCUCUUGAAUGCAUGCCAUCUUCUUCUUAUCAUUGGAUGACAAGUUCCCACCUGCUGUUAUUUCUUGUGAGCCUUAAUAUGCUGCUUUUUGGUAGACUAUUUGCUUUCAAUUUCCAGUUGUCAAUCUUCACUAUUUUGACAAUGAAAAUAUAAAUGGCAUUUGGUUCCUCGUCUUUUUUUUUUUAAUUUUUUUUUUUUGGAAACUUCAAAAUGGUGUUUCCACAAUUUUCAUUUCGUUUUCAUUUCUUCCUCCUCCCACACUCCUCACCGUCAACAACUAAAUGUUGCUGGAAAAUCACCGGAAGGAAGCUGGUGACCCUAUCGCCUACCGUGGCACUUGCUGGUGACUCCCAUGGGAGUCCGAGUCACUGAAGCAUCUGAAUCUCUGCAUCAAUCAACUAAUUUCCAACUAAAUUUCAUUCUCUGCAUCAAUCUUUAUUUCAUAGCAACCCCUUGAUGUCACUAUGAAUUUUUGUCCCAACUCUUAUGGCUUUCACAGUUUCACUCUGAAUUUUCUGGUAAACCUGGGAGUCGCAUGAUUGCUAGAUCUGCUCUGGGAAUCAUCAGCAGUUAUGGUGACUUGGUGGAGGAGUCACCACCAACCUCCAACAUCUCCUCCAGUUGCCGAGAAAGAUAGGAGUGGGAGAAAUAAUAAAAGGAAAAUCAAAUAUAAAAGUAUAAAUAAAACAAAGCUGUCAAACAACAUGUUAAUUUUUUUAUGGUGGAAAUCAAAUCAGAACAUAAAAAACUAAAAAUAACUAUGGAAAACUGUAAACUCUAUCAUAUGGCUCCUAUUUCUUCUUUUCUCUAUCUGCUAUGUACAACCUGUCUUUGACCUGCAUGCAAUAUGGAAUUUUUCUUUGUUACUUAUUAUGGUUCAAUUUUGAAAAUUUAAGAAAACCAGUUGCUGAUCAAGCCUACAUGAUCAUUCUAUACAUGGCCACUGCUUAUGGUGCAAAACUCUUAAAGGUAACAUGGGCAUUCCUUGUAUGGGUCUGUUGGCUGACUUUGCAACCUGAUUCAUUACAUGUCCAAGCAAUGAGCUGUUCACUUUUAGAUCUUGUCAUAUAACGGUGUCUCUGCUAAUUAAUUUGAUUGAUUUGCUUUCAAUGGAUUUUGGCAGUCAGGGUGUUUUUUGUUUUCUAGCUUCUGCAUUUUCGUGGGUUUCUUUAUGCUACAUAUUGGGAACUGGAUGAAGUAAUCAUUUCAAAUAAUGCAAAGGGAUGGCAGUUUAUGAGGCAAGAAGAUUGUUAAGAGAGAACAACAGGAUUCUGGGCUGGAGAGGGAGGGAGAGUGGGUGUUUGUGGGCCAGAAGUCCAAAUAAUUCAGGAGAACCUGAAAAUGGUUGUGCUUCAUGUGGUGUUAAUAUUUGUGUUUAGUUCUGCUCCUUCAGACAUAGUGAACUCGGUCAAUGCCUAGAACAAGCUUUGAUAAUUGAAGAUGUGAAAACAAGUGAUGCAUCCAAAUUGGCAAAUCGCAUACUUGCUGGGUGCGGAAUGUCAAUCCUUAGUUUUUGGUGUCUUUGUUGGGUACCUCCUUGUCUUUCUUGGGGCAGCGCAUUUGUUGAUUUCUAAUUAUGCAUUCCUUUUUCUGUUUUUCAUUUUAGUUUACACAUCUCUAUGCUAUUUGCUAAUACGUGAAUUGUAUCAGUAAGGGAAGAGUGGGCAAACAGAGUAUCUAUUGAUUUUCUCAUUCUAAUAAGCCCACAAGCACCAUAGUCUGAGAUCUGAAAAACAAAAACAAUGCUUCUUAGGUCAAAGCAUUCUACAUGUCUUUCUCCAUCUUGUUCUACAUUUCAACCAGGACAAGUAGGCAUCUAUAUAGAUCAAAGAAUCUAAAGGCCUUGAUAAAUCAAUCCUUAUCUGCAGCAUUUCACUGAUUCCAAUUGUGUUCUAGAACUAUAUUGUGAUUUCUUAUGCUUCCAGAUUAAGUAGGUUGGUGGCUUCUUGGUUGAGAGUUUCAUAGGGUAAGAUUUGUCUUCUUUUUCCAGUUUAAUAGAUAUGAAACAGACUCCUUUUACCAAAUAUUGAAGCAACUAUCUUUUUGACCUCCUCAAAUUUUAGGAUGCUGCUAGAUAUCUGCCUAUUAUUUAAACCCUUUAUGGCCAGCAGCAUUAAAUGAAUCAUAAGACCAUAAAGUCUGGAAGGUUUCCUUGAUAUAUCAUAGAACUGGUUUCAAUGAUAUGGCAAUAGCUGUAACAGCUCUUCUGGGGAAUAAAGUUGAUACAGGUACUUUUUAAUGAUAUGCUUCAUGGUUAAAUCACAUCUGCUGAUGUUGAGAUUUAGCAUAUAAGAAAGCAUAGUAUUAGACAAAAAGCUAAGAUGACUGUUCCAAAUCAUCUACUUAUCAUAGAUUUGUUCCUGGAGCUUUUUCAUGUGGAUAUUGGUUUUUGCCACCAGUUGGUAUUAUUAUAUCUACAGUUGCCUUUCUCUCAUAAUUAUUUACCAUCGGCUCUUAAAUUAUUGCAUAUUCAUGCUGUCUCAGAAACUCAAAGAGACUGUUGAAGAGUUUGUUAGUAAUACUCCACUGAUAGCAGAAGAUGGAGGAGUUGUACUUGGUUCAAAGAAAACUACUGUUUUUCUGGUUGAUGCCAAGAGUGGAAGGCUAAUCUACAGUUACAGUUUGUCUGAUUCCUCAUCCACAUCGCAGAGUAAUGAUGAAAAGAGUGUUCUAAACAGUACAUCUGACAAACUGGGAAAUUCUGGUCCAUUGAACCUUAAGCCUGAUGAGCUUCCAAUUUACAUCACUAGAACUGAUUAUGCACUGAAGUCUUUCGUCCUAAAUUCAGAUAAAGUUCUAUGGAACAUGACAGUUGCUGAAAUUGGAGCUGCUUUCCUUUGUCAAGACAGUGAGGAUUCAUUUAACGGGGCUCUUUCAAAUUCAGGAUAUGAAUCUCCUGUUGAACCUGGUGUUCGCUUCAGUAUGCCCUUGCCAUGUCAAUCAAAAGCUGUUGUCUACCGAUUUCGUCGUCAUAAUAUGCUAGGACCCUCUGACAAACCUAAUGUGCUACCAGAAUCUGAUCAUCAAGAUAUGAUGGUCCCAUUGUCUGAUUCAAAUUAUAUGCUUCGUUGGCAACCUGAAUUUGAUAUAUUCACAGAACCUCAACAUAAAGAUGGGAUACCCUCACUCUCAGCACCAGAUCUUUUUCUUUCUUCACAACCUGGUGCCAAUCUAUUUAUGGACUCUCAUCACACUAAUGGCAAUGACCUAGCACCAUCAUUGCCACAAAAAAAUGAAAAUUCCAUGAUCUCUGGCAUGAAAUUUAUGAAAAUAGAUCAUAAUAACAAGCUAAAUGUGCUUUUGGAAAGGCCUAUAGUGUGGCCUAUAAUUUAUAUUGUUACUUUUCUUGUGGGGUUGUUCACCUGCGGUUCUUGUGCUUUAUUGGCUAGAAAGGACACUGAGUUGGCUAAGAAGUUGACUGAUUUAAAUGCAAGCACUGUGCCUCCUAAAAAGAAGAAAGCUCGAAAGUCAGGAAAGAACAGUGAUUUUUUUGAGAAGACUGAUAAAAGCUCCUCCCUUGGUGAUGGAUAUGAUGACAGACCAUUGUUGAAACUCAAUCAGUCACUGGGUGACAGCACAGAUGGGCGCAGAAUUGGUAAAUUAUUUGUCUCCAAUAGAGAAAUUGCUAAGGGAAGCAAUGGUACCAUUGUACUAGAGGGAAUCUAUGAAGGGCGUCUUGUUGCUGUCAAACGUCUUGUCAAGGCCCAUCAUGACAUUGCUUUUAAAGAAAUCCAGAAUCUUAUUGCAUCUGACAGACAUCCAAAUAUUGUUAGAUGGUAUGGUGUGGAGUCUGAUCAAGAUUUUGUGUAUCUUUCUCUAGAGCGUUGCACUUGCAGCUUAAGUGAUCUAAUUCAGAUGUGCUCUGAUACCUCUGAAAAGCCAACAUAUACUGAGGACCAACCAAUGGAAGCUAUGAUAAAGAAUAAGGUCUGCUUGGAUUCAAUGAAGGGUUCUUUGCAGGAUAUUAAGUUGUGGAAAGAUAAUGGCUUCCCUUCACCUUUAUUAUUGAAAUUGAUGAGGGAUGUGGUUUCUGGGCUUGUGCAUUUGCAUGAAUUGGGAAUAAUUCAUCGAGACUUGAAGCCUCACAAUGUGUUGAUAAUUAAAGAAAGAUCUUUGUGUGCUAAGCUUUCUGAUAUGGGUAUCAGCAAGCGUCUUGUUGGAGAUAUGUCUUCCUUGGGCCAUCAUGCUACUGGUUAUGGCAGUUCGGGAUGGCAAGCUCCUGAACAGCUUCUCCAUGGACGCCAAACACGUGCAGUAGAUAUGUUUAGCUUGGGUUGUGUUCUCUUUUAUUGCAUUACAGGGGGUAGACAUCCAUUUGGUGACCGUCUUGAACGUGACAUCAAUAUUGUGAACAACAAAGCUGACCUAUUCUUAGUGGAGUAUAUUCCAGAAGCUACAGAUUUGUUCUCUCGUUUAUUGGAUCCUAAUGCUGAAUUAAGGCCCAAGGCACUGGACGUGUUGCAUCAUCCUUUGUUUUGGAAUUCUGAGAUGAGAUUAUCAUUCUUCCGUGACACAAGUGACAGAGUGGAGUUGGAAGAUAGGGAAACCGGCUCUGUUAUUUUAAAAGGAUUAGAAAGUAUAGCUCCAGUAGCGUUAGGCUCAAAAUGGGACGAAAAGAUGGAACCUGCAUUUCUUUAUAACAUUGGACGGUACAGGCGUUAUAAGUUUGACAGUGUUCGUGACUUACUGCGAGUCAUGCGAAACAAGUUGAAUCAUUAUAGAGAGCUUCCUGUUGAAAUUCAGGAUAUCCUAGGACCAGUACCCGAAGGAUUCGAUGGCUAUUUUGCUAGUCGGUUCCCCAAAUUACUGAUAGAAGUAUACAAAGUCAUGUACCAGCACUGCAGGGAAGAAGAAUGCUACAGCAAGUACUUCCAAAGCAGUAUAGCUUGAAUCGCUUCUCCAACAGACUGCUUUAGAAAGACUGCAGAUUUGAAUAGCAACGAGUUGCUCAAGAAUGUAAAAUAUGGUUGUAACUGCAAGAUCAGAAGAUGUAUAGUACUUGGUUGUCUUAGUUGUUUAUUAAUGUAAAGGAAAAUGUAUGAUUCUUCUACUUUUUCAGUUAUUAAUGUAGCUGUCUUAGUUGUAUGAAUGUAGAUAUGACCGGAACUGGAAAAUGUACUUAUCUUAGUUGUUGUAUGAAUGUAUGAUUCUAUUACUUCGCCAA